GUUGUUAUUGUGAAAUUAUUAUUUGUCAGGGGUUUUCCUGUAUAAUGUUUAAAUUCGUAUAAGGACUGUAAUUAAAUAAUACGCCCCUAUUGCUUUGUACUAAAUAUUUAUAUUUUGGUGUGUUUAUUCGGUGAUAUUGAUACCAUUGCUGAGGAGAACAUGUUAAAUCAUUGAAAUGGCUGAGCUAUGCCGAACUUGUCUUGGCAAGGAGAUAGAGCUGGUAUCAAUUUUUGACUCAUAUUCUGAAGACCUAACCAUUCGCAACAUCAUUUGUGCCAUAACUGGAUUAAAGAUUGAGUCUGGAGAUGGCUUACCUUCAACAGUGUGCCGUAUUUGUAAGCAGAAGGCGACAAAUGCUUUUGACUUUAGAAGAAGUGCAAUACAAGCAGAUGCGAAGCUCAAUGAACUUGCACCUAAGAGGAUUGAAGUAAAGGUGGAAAUAAAUUCAAUGGAACAAGUCAAAGAUGAAUCUGAUGAUGAUGUUGGAAAUUCCUAUCUAGAUAUUGAUUUUGGAUUAGAUUUUCAACAAACGGGGGAUCAAGAAACUCAUGAAAAAGUAAACCCUGCGCCAGGCAUAUUGAAAGAGGAAGGCAUGCUCAUCGAAGUUGAAGAAAAAGAUGAUGAUUCAACAAGAUGGAUUACUGUUGGUGAGAAUUUAAGGGACACUAAUGCUACUUACUGCCCCUUAUGCAACACCAGCUACAGCGACACUGCUGGGCUGACGGCCCAUAUGUGGAACCGACACGCGGAUAUCAUGGGACCGAAAAAAAGAGGAAGACCAAAGCGGCUUGGCACUACGGCGAUACUAAACAAGUUGUCGGAGAAUGGCGUGCAUGUGAAAUGGGUGACGGAUGUGAAAUUCGCGUGCAGUUUCUGCAGUGAGGAGAGAUCUUCGAAAGACGACCUUGACACGCACGUGCUAGAACAUAAAGAGAUGAAGUUGAUAAAGUGUACGCUUUGUAAGAAGGUGUUUGCGAAGCUGGAGGACUUGGACAAACACAAAUGUUCGGAUGUAAGCGCUAAUGCUAACGCCGAUAAUCAACAGGAGGAAGGAGCCUCAUCGACAGGCACUAUGUGUGAACAAGUCCCACUCGCUGACGUCAUCGCACGCCUACCCGACAAUGAGUGCGUGUCGGAGAUAUGUCUGUGCGAGAGCUGCGGGUGCGUGUGCGUGGGACAGGAGGAGCUCAACAGACACCGGGAUGAGGAUCACCCUGAGUUGUCGCCUCGGUGCCAGCUCUGUGAUAAGGUAUUCUCGUCGGUAAAGACGGCAGCACGACACCGCACCUCGUGCAAGAGCCGCGAGCGCAAGUUCCCGUGCGAAUCUUGCGGAGCCCGUUUCGCGCACGAGAUGUCGCUGAACAAGCACAUACUGCGUGCACACCGCGGUCAAACCGUGCGCGUGCGCUUCGACGAGGAGCGCGUAGCGGCCGCGCACUGUUGCGAUAUCUGCUCUGUCAAGUUUAGCAGGAAGGAUCUGCUGGCACGUCAUGCGAACGUACACAGGCCGAGUGACAAGGUAUUCGAGUGCGACACAUGUAAGAAGAAGUUUCACAGAAGAAGCAAUCUCAGGCAGCAUAUGCGAGUGCACGAGGGGAAAACAAGUGCCUGCCUGUGCCUGUACUGUGGCCGAGGAUUCUCAAACUCCUCCAAUCUGAUCGUGCACAUGCGCAGACACACUGGCGAGAAACCAUACAAGUGCGACUUUUGUGGGAAAGGAUUCCCACGGUCUUCCGAUCUGCAGUGUCACAGGCGAUCGCAUACGGGAGAAAAGCCAUGCAUAUGCGGAGUGUGUGGCAAAGGUUUCAGCCGCAGUAACAAGUUGUCGCGACACAUGCGCGUGCACACCGGCGUGAAGCCGUACAAAUGCCCGUACUGUGAAAAGGCAUUCUCGCAGAGUAACGACCUGACGUUGCACGUGCGACGACACACCGGAGACAAGCCCUAUGUGUGCGAGACAUGCGGCGACCGCUUCAUACAGGGCACAGCGCUACACAAUCACAGGCGCGUACACGGCCAUUAUCCCGAGUCAGCUGGUUACAGCGCGCCUGUCGUCGUGCAGCAACACGUCGCCCCGGCACCCAUUGAAAACUGCCAAUUUCGACCAAUCGUGUGCGUCGUGACACAAACAGCCCAAUAGGAGCGCGACAAGCCACUCACAUUCGCUGAUGCAAUGUUUGAUGUUAAUAACUGUCAAGAUUACCUUAACGCUAUACACAUAUAUAUAUAUAUAUAUAUAUAUUAUGAAAAUAAGGGACGAGACGAGCCGACACGUUCAGCUGAUGGUUAUUGAUAAGCCCUAGCCAUUACAAUACAGUGCCGCUCAGGAUUCUUGAAUAACCCAAAAUUCUGAGUGGAACUACAAUUGCGCUCGUCAGCUUGAGAUAUAAGAUGAUAAGUCUCAUUUGCCCAGUAAUUUCAGUUUAUAUGAUGUAAAUGUAGUGAAAUGAAGUGUAGUGUCGAAAAAUACCCUUUUACUAUUUUUUUUUUAUAUGUGUUCCGGUGUUAGGUGGAAUUGGAAUCAAAAUUCCAAUUAUUAAAACACUACUUAAACCAGGCACCGCUUCAAUGUGGUUCGACUAGAAACCAAAAAAUUUUGAGCUCCUUUAGAGAGCUGACUUUACGUACUGAGUGACAGCUCAGUCUCAUUUAGUGUUCACAGAAUAAAAUGCUGAGUACGUCUAAAGGUUUUUUUUCGAAUUAGUUGACUGUUUAUAAGUUGGUUGGAUGAAAAGAUAAGAAGAUAGCUUUAUGCGAAGAUCAUUCUCGUCAUUUUCCAGGAUUUCCAAAAAAAAGUAACUUUUCCCAAAUCCAAGGUCUGAUUUCAACUAAGAACUGCCCUUUGAUAAUAGUGAAUAACUUUCAUUGCGUGGAUUAUCAAAGUUUAUUUGUUUAAUGAGUGACGAGACUAACAACACGACUACUCGAUAGUAAGUGACAUCAAGUGAUAGAAAGAAAGAAAGAAAAGAAAAAAUGUCUCUCUCUGUCUUAAUGAUGAUAAUUUGAAACGUUAUAGUACGAACGCACAUACGUAAACAUAUGAAAUAAACAAACAAUAAACCGAAAAAAUAUUAAACAUUUAGGUAUACUAUAAGUUAAAAAUAGUACCAACUCAGCAUGUUACUAAAGCUGGUCUUCAGUUGGGUUACAAAUAAAGUAAAACUUAUUUUAGCUAGUAAACUAGAAGUAACGUAAAUUAAAUAACUUAAUGUUAUUAACUUUCAUGUUAACUUAUUUACUAAUUUUCACAAUACAGUGCUCACCAGGUACUUUUAAGAAUACAAAAAUAAUAUACGUAACUGUACAGUAGUGAUAGGUACUUUACUGUUUUUACGGCGGUAAAAGGCGCUACUGUGGUACCAACUGCUAUAUAGCUGCCAUGUGGAAAGAAGCACUGAUGGCAGGCUCCCACUAAUACACAUCGGGUUCACGACUUGCUCAUAUCCUAACUCUCGUACUCGUCUUACAUUAAGGCCCUCUUUCACCACAUUCAAGUAAACUAUCAAGUAAGCUAAUCACUGAGUAAAGUCAAUAGUAACAUAACAUGCGAAUUUCACGACCUUAAAGUAACACUAAUCUUAAGAUUAACUAUCCCGUAACUAACUUGCCACAUCGUCUGCCAAUUAGCACGGUUACUUGACAGUUGCGUGAUAUUAUGUGCUUACUAUUAUUAUCAUUUGUGCAUCUUUUCAGAGGUAGCAUAAAAAUAAAUUAUUAGAUAUGGAUUUAUUCGAUUUGAUUGAUCAUCAAUUGGACGAGUUAAGAUUAUUGUUCCAUGGAACAAAUACCAAGUAUGCGUAUAUUUAAAUUCCAAGAUAUCACCAUAUUUCUAUUUAAUAAUACCAAAAUAUCCCUCUCGUGUAAAGUAUGCACUUCUCUCUCUUUUAAUUUUAUCCAUAAUAAUGAUAAUCACACAAGUAACCACUAAAUGACAAAAACUGUAUUAUACUAUUUCCAGAUGCUUUCUAGUUUCAAAGGUUACAACAUCUGGCGCUAAACAGUGAAAUGAACGCUCAACAUUUAACAAAAUCAUAAAUCACAAUCUGCAAUGACGUUUGACAAGUGAUAUUUGACGUAAAAUUGAACGAAUAUGUUUGAUAGAUAACGUGUGAUAGAUUCAUUACUCACUUAACCAAUCAGUAGUUACUCAAGACAUAAUUUUCGCUUGUGAAAUUGGCAAAAGAUACUCAUAACAUGUACCUUCCAAUUAACGUUACUUGAGAAGUAACGAAUCACAGCUUUACUUGGACAUGGUGAACGAGGCCCUAAGUCAUUCAGUUUUAGUUCACUACUAUUCCACUGAAGCGCUAGUAAUCAUCAAAUAAAAUAUGGCGUCACGAGAAGUGUUUACGAAUUGUUUGUGUUCACGAAUAAUGUAUUGUUUUUUUAGUUACUUGAUUAAAUAAUCUUAUUUUAUAACACAGUGGUUUGUGAGCUAGAGGUCCCGGGUACGAAUCCCGAUAUGUGUAAAUAUUUAUUAUAUGAUGUAUAUGUAUGUUUGUUUCCGUGUCAUGAUUGUUAAUUUGUUUUUAUGAUUUUUUUAAGUAUAGUCUAUUUUUUCUUACGUGUCAUAAAUAGAAAACAAUAAUGACGUACAGCUAACCAGUAUAAUUAAUCGAAAUGGGAAAACCAUCGAACGACUGUACUCAAUGGUUUUAAUGCAGUGUAUGAAGUUAAUAAUUUUAUUAUUCCGAGAACGAUAAUAUUCAUCGACUCUGAAUGUUGGUUCUGUAAUAGUCCUUUAUGCAACUGUUGUGUUAUAUGGGGUAUUAAAACUCGUAUGUGGGUUUAUCAUACGAGGCGAAGCCGAGUGUUAAUAGUAUCACUUGAGUGUUUUAAUACCUAAUUAUAAACAGUUGCAUACAAGACUUUAUCUACACCCAUAAUAUGAAUCCUCUAUACAAGAUUCUGAACGUUAGCUUAUUGCCAACAUUAAAACACCCAAUGUCCUUAUAACCAUUACAUCAUCCAAACGAGUGUUGUAACGAAAUUCAGUACAACAUUUAAAAUACGAUUAAACUAAAUCUUAAAUGUGAUUGUCCGAUGUGAUUUUUUCCAAGGAGUUUGUUUACCAUUUAAGACACGUAAGGUAAAAUAGACUAUAAGUAUAUCGUAUUAAAUAUAUCGUUGUCUUGUAACCCACAGCACAUAUUAUAUGCCUCGUUUGGUGUCAGAUAAUCACAUAGCUGCAACAUUCAUAGAUACUUUAUAUAUUUGAAUAUAUAAAAUUUCAAAUAGAAAUACUUUAAUUUGGAUGGCAAGUUGCUAGUACUUAUAGGAUAAUCUACACAUUUCCAUAAGGUCAUAUCCAUGCUUGUUUCAUGAAUUCUUUUGACUGUAUAAAUAUUUGUAUACAUUUUGUUAUUAUAAAGUGAUAACCCUCGCUUCUGGGAUUAUCUAUACAAAUUAAAUUUGUAACCAAAAUUUAUUAGAUUUUCGGAGCGACAUCUCAAAUCAAUUUCCUCAUAUAAUAAUUGGGCUUGAGCAGGUUAUCAACUGUAAAGUAGACCCUGAAGAUGAAGUCACAACCUGAGAGUUGAACAAGAUGUACCAAAAUUUACGACUCAUGCGUACUCGAACGGUUGGCUCAGUUGGAAAGUGCGCUCUGAAGCAACACGAGAGGUCGCGGGGUCGUGGCCCGCAUCGUUCAUAAGUUUUGGUUACAAAUUUAAUUUGUAUUUUAAUAUUUGUCUGCUAUUAGUUCCAUUUUGUAACCGCUAGAGGCGCUGUACAGGAUUUAUUAAAUUCGAUGUUGUCGCUAGUGUGUUUGAGUUAGUGAACUUACAGAUAGGCUUUAUUUACAUUAAAUAAGAAGCUGAAAUUAUAAACUACUCGAGCAAUCUCAGCAUUUCGAAAAGUCUCAGCGGCUCGAAUAUUUAUUUUCUCUUGUCCGUUGUUCCAACGAUGUAAUAUGAUUUGAAUGAAUUUAAAUAUGUUUUCACUCUAUAAAAUGUUGUUUUCAAUCUAUAAACUGCUUUUCAUCGAGUCACGUUUUGUAUUUAAAAAAAAUCUAUUUGUAAGUAUGAGAACUGAUAAAUUAUGUUAUGAAUUUUAUAGUAGAUGUCGUGAGUGUAUUAAAUAUAGAUUUUUAUUAUAAUAAUCAAUGUUUGUCUGAAUGUAAAUAUAUAACUGCGUUAUUUAUAAACUUUUCUUAAAUUUAGUGCAGCAAAAAUUUAUUUGUAAAAAUUAUCAAUUCAGUUUCAUGUCAACAUUAAAACUACCACAAACACUUAAAUAAACGAGU